AUGCCGAACCUGGAGCACAUACACGCCAGCCUGUCCAACGAGCGGUGGGGAGGCGACGAACAGUUGUGCCGGGACGGGAUAUUACACAUCUUGGAUAAUGUUAGGAACUCUACUUUAUGGGCUACUUGGGUGUGGAACUCGAUGGACGAGGCACCGACGGGCCUGCUGUACGGCGCGCGACACCACCUGGGCAACUACGACCAGUGUCUGCGGUCGCCGUGGCUGCGCGCGCGCCCGCGUCUGCGUACGCAGUAUUGCCUCGCCGAGCUGGACAUGAACCCGCAAGGCGCCAAGACCAUCAUCAUGCUCGCCGACCCUUACGCUAAGGCUGAAGACUAUUACCUUCACACCGAAACGCCGCUCGGCCGCAGCUUCUCGUACCUGUCUCUCGGUGUGUGCGUCCCCGCCUCGUGCUCGCGGCGGUCCGCGGCGCGGCUGGCGCGCGCGCUGCUGCGCACGGGCUUCCUGCCGCGAGACAAGAUGGCCGCCGUGACCGUGCGCCGAUGCCACCGCGACGGCGCGCCCGCUGAAUACUCCACCGGAUAUUUCAUAUUUAUGUACAGUGUGGCAGCACUGCUGUUGGUAGCUGUGUGCUCGACGUACUAUGUCAGCGAAUACCCCACUACUGCCGCCUCCUGCUCCUUUGUGAAUCAUGUAGCCCGGUCGUUCUGCCUCCGGCGCAACUGGGGCUCGCUGAUGAGGAGCGACGCGGGCGCGGAGGAGCUGGCAUGCCUGCACGGGCUGCGCUUCCUGGCUGCCACUGUCCUCGUCUACGGACACUGCUUGGCCUUCACGCUCGCCACGUCUGCCAGCAAUGCCAUCGACUUUGAACGGUUGGCAAUAGAUGAACCACAAAUGUCGAGUUUAGGGGUCCACUUCAACGCGCAUGUGGAAACAUUUUUCGCAAUGUCUGCCCUUCUAUUUGGUAAAAGCCUCGCUACUUUGGAUCUGACUCCAGGAAACUUUGUGAAGACCGUUCUGAAACGAUACUUAAGACUCAUAGUGGUUUUAGCCGUGUCUGUGUUUUACCUCGGGCACGUGUUGGUACACACGGACGACGGGCCGCUGUUCGCGCCGGUCGCCGCGGCCGAGCAGCGCGCGUGCCGCCGCCACGGCUGGCUGGCGCUGCUCAUGCUAGGGAACUAUGUCAACACGCUGGAAAUGUGCCACCCAGCGAGCUGGUACGUGCCGUGCGACUUCCACCUGCAGGUGUUGGCGCUGGCCCUGGCAUGGGGCCGGCAGCGGAGUCCCCGCGCCGCCGCGGCGGUCGCGGCCGCGGUCCUGGUGGUCGGCGCUCUCUCCCCACCCCUCACCACCUACUUCUACGACGUGCCAGCUAUUACGGCCUACAGAUACGGGCCUGGAACAGACAUCCGGAAGAACAAGACGUUCCACUACCAGUACAUUCAGACGCACAACCGCGUAAUUGCGUACGCGGCCGGGCUCCUGGUCGGCUAUACCAUGGCCGUCUACAAGCCGAGGGAUCACAAACUCAGCUCCAGGUUGGUCUCGUUUCUCGGCGCUGCUUUGUGCCUGUGCGUGAUGGCGGGCGUGCUGGCGCUGGGCCGGCUGUGCUUCGUGCGCGGGCUGCAAGGCGGGCUGCUGGCGAGCCUCUUCGUCGCCGUCGACCGCCCGCUCUUCGCCGCCGCCGUGCUCGGCCUCAUCCUCUGCUGCACCUACGGCGAUGUUCCCGUGAUCGGAGGGCUGCUGAGCUGGCGGGCGUUCGCGCCGCUCGGGCGGCUGUCGUACGGCGUGUACCUGCUGCACCCGCUCAUGCUGUACCAGCGCGCGGCCAUCAGGGCCCACGUCACGCAUCAUCUCUUCCACGCUCUCAUUCAAGCGCUCGGGUUGGUGGUGGUGUCGCUAGCGGCCAGCACGGCGGUCUGGCUGCUGGCGGAGGCGCCGCUUCUCAAUAUAACUCAACGAUACCUCAACACCAAAAACACUCUAAAAGAAACAUAAAAAGCGGCCCACAACGGAAUUCAUCUACAUAAAUGGUACACGAAAUGGAAAGUCAAAGCGAUUGUUUGGCAAGAAUUGAUGAACCCUUAAGGUUUUUUUUAAUACCAAUUUUUUUUAAUAACGUUUUUAAUACCACGCACAAACAGGUAUACGGCCCGCCUCACGGAGAGCGGUCACCGUAACCUAUGGACGCCUGCAAUUCAAGAGGUGUCACAUGCGCGUUGCCGACCCAUUAGAAACUUGUACACUCCUUUUGCUUUUUUGAAGGUGCUUCUCCUGAUGUGAAUUUCAUACAUACAUACAUUCACGCCUGUAUCCCAUAAAGGGGUAGACAGAGCACAUAAAACUACUCAAGUUUCAGUGCCAAUCUUGGCAAAUA